AUGUCUUUCUUUUUCUGCUCUUAUUUUAUGAUAACCUUAAUUUUAUUGUUUAUUUUGUAUUUCCCUCUCUCACUUUCUCCUCCUCUCUCUUUUUCUUUUUCGCUUUUGUCUUCUCCUUUUCUUGUCACCUAUCUCUCUCUCUCUAUCUCUCUCUCUCUCUCUAUCUCUCUCUAUCUCUCUCUAUCUCUCUCUCGCUCUCUCUCUCUCUUAAAAAUAAAAUUUUAUGGCCAUGUUCGUAAGACUGCUGAUUUUGUGGCCUCUGUACGUAAACCUGCAGAUUUUGUAGCCCCUGUUCGUAAUCCUACAGAUUUCGUGGCCCCGAUUCGUAAACCUGCAGAUUUGUUGACCUCUGUUCGUAAUCCUACAGAUUUUGUGGUCCCCGUUCAUAAACCUGCAGAUUUUCUGGCCCCUGUUAGUAAUCCUACAGAUUUUGCGGCCCUCGUUCAUAAACCUGCAGAUUUUGUGGACUCGUCUUCGUAA